UUGUAGUUAGCACAAUGUAUUGCUCAAGCGUACAUCAGUCUCACGCAUUCGGUCUUCCAUGUAUUGCAAUCGUUCGAAAAUGCACGUAACGUGACUUUGGAUGCCGAGGCAAGUUAGAUGACAAAAAGGGCAAAAUGUCUGUCUCACUUCUCAAGACUUUUGCAUUAAUUCUGCUCGUAGUCAUUGGUAGUACCGUGCUUCUGGCAAUAAAUGUAUCCAAUGUUCGUUUCUCCACUCUGGAUGACGAACAGCCCACUGAAUCGCCCGAGAUACCGUAUGGACCCGUAACGCUGGAUGAGUCUGAUCAGACCACGCUACUGGAUGUGUUAAACACGGGAAGGAGGCAGGUGGAUCCGCCCAAUACGGACAUGAACAAAGUGUUGUGGAGUUCUGAGCUAUCCGACCAAGCUUCCACUGUCCUGGAAUCCUGCAUCUACGAGAUCUCACUGCCUAACAGCGAGAGUUGGAUCCAACUAACGAGCUACUCGGAGGCAGAUGCGCAGCUGAACGAGACCUUAGAGGAAUGGUACACUUUUGGCGAGUACUACGACUACCACGACAAGUCCUGCCAGAGACCAGAUCUCCCCAUCAUUUGUCAGAUGUACAAACUGCUCGCUUGGUCUUCAAUGAGGUCAGUUGGAUGUGCACCGCACUUUUGUGAAUUCCUGUGGAAUUCGUUUACUGGAGUUAUGGAGUAUGACAAGCUGUACUGGAAGUGUAACUUUGAGAACAUUGGGUACUUCACCGAUGAAUCUCUGAGUCCAUACACGAAUGGUACGGGUAACGACACCUGCACGCAAUGUGAGUCUGGUUCCGGCUGGUGUGAGGACGGACUCUGCAGCAGUGAGUGUGACCUACAGAAUCCGAACUGCAGAUGCGCGUUGCAUCCGCUUUGCAACGGGAAUGGAGCUAUGAACGAAACAACAUGUAAAUGCAACUGCACUGACAACUGGGUUGGGAAUAGUUGUGAAGAAUGUAUUACAACUUGUGGAGGAAAUCACUAUCUAGAUGUGGACUUGUGUCAGUGCUUCUGCCCGUCUGGUUACCAAACAAACGACACAUCUGGCGAAUGUGAAGAUGUUGAUGAAUGCCAGUCUUCCCCGGGAUGUGAACACAACUGUACCAACACAUUGGGUUCCUACAAUUGCAUUUGCGUCUCUGGAUACUUUCUCAAUGAUGACGGUUAUACGUGCGAGUCGUUUGAGGACAUCUUUAGGAUACUUGAUGAUGUGCCCACUACACCAGCAACAGGUACGGCAAAUAAAGAUGAAACUCUAAGAACUACAACAGAUUUUACCACUCUCUUUAGCCCCUCUGAAAUCAUUUCAACGCAAGCCUCGGCAACUAAGAGUAGAAAAGCGUCCACAACAAUUGAACCAACUACUACUCAAUUAAAUAGAGGGGAACCGACACCAACAUAUUCAGUCCUAACAGAGCAAAAAAGUACGGCUGAGGAACCAACUACAGCUGAGGAACCAACCACAGCUGAGGCACUGACAAAUCAAGUAACCACUAAUCAGUCUACCCCGGAGCAAUUAACCACAGCUGAGCCUUUAACAACACAGUUUACCUCUGCCAAGUCGACCUCUGAGCAACCAAUUACAGCUGAGCAACCAACUACAGCUGAGGCAUUGAAAGCUCAAGAUACCACUACUCAGUCAACCACGAAGCAAUCAACCAAAACCACAGCUGAGCCUUUAACAACACAAUUCACCACUGCUGAGUCAACCUCAGAGCAACCAACUACAGCUGAGGCAUUGACCACUCAAGUUACCACUAAUCAGUCUACUACGAAGCAAUCAACCACAGUUGAACCUUUAACAACACAACUUACCACUGCCGAGUCGACCUCUGAGCAACCAACUACAGCUGAGCAACCAACUACAGCUGGGGCACUGACAACUCAAGUUACCACUAAUCAGUCUACCACGGAGCAAUCAACCACAGCUGAGCCUUUAACAACACAGUUUACUACUGCAGAGUCGACUUCUGAGCAACCAACUACAGCUGAGCAACCAACUACAGUUGAGGCACUGACAACUCAAGUUACCACUAAUCAGUCUACCACGGAGCAAUCAACCACAGCUGAGCCUUUAACAACACAGUUUACAACUGCAGAGUCGACCUCAGAGCAACCAACUACAGCUGAGGCAUUGACAACUCAAAUUACCGCUAAUCAGUCUACAACGAAGCAAUCAACCACAGCUGAGCCUUUAACAACACAGCUUACCACUGCCGAGUCGACCUCUGAGCAACCAACUACAGCUGAGCAACCAACUACAGCUGAGGCAUUGACAACUCAAGUAACAACUAAUCAGUCUACUACGAAGCAAUCAAGCACAGUUGAACCUUUAACAACACAGUUUACUACUGCCGAGUCGACCUCUGAGCAACCAACUACAGCUGAGGCACUGACAACUCAAGUUACCACUAAUCAGUCUACUACAAAGCAAUCAAGCACAGUUGAACCUUUAACAACACAAUUUACUACUGCCGAGUCGACCUCUGAACAACCAACUACAGCUCAGGCACUGACAACUCAAGUUACCGCUAAUCAGUCUACAAUGAAGCAAUCAACCACAGCUGAGACUUUAACAACACAACUUACCACUGCCGAGUCGUCCUCUGAGCAGCCAACUACAGUUGAACAACCAACUACAGCUGAGGCACUGACAACUCAAGUAACCACUAAUCAGUCUACCACGGAGCAACCAACCACAGCUGAGCCUUUAACAACACAAUUUACCACUGCUGAGUCGACUUCAGAGCAACCAACUACAGCUGAGCAACCAACUACAGUUGAGGCACUGACAACUCAAGUAACCACUAAUCAGUCUACCACGGAGCAAUCAACCACAGUGGAGCCUUUAACAACACAAUUUACCACUGCUGAGUCGACUUCAGAGCAACCAACAACAGCUGAGGCAUUGACAACUCAAAUUACCGCUAAUCAGUCUACUACGAAGCAAUCAACCACAGUUGAACCUUUAACAACACAGUUUACUACUGCCGAGUCGACUUCUGAGCAACCAACUACAGCUGAGCAACCAAGUACAGCUGAGGCACUGACAACUCAAGUUACCACUAAUCAGUCUACCACGGAGCAAUCAACCACAGUGGAGCCUUUAACAACACAGUUUACCACUGCUGAGUCGACUUCAGAGCAACCAACUACAGCUGAGGCAUUGACAACUCAAAUUACCACUAAUCAGUCUACUACGAAGCAAUCAACCACAGUUGAACCUUUAACAACACAGUUUACUACUGCAGAGUCGACUUCUGAGCAACCAACUACAGCUGAGCAACCAACUACAGCUGAGCAACCAACUACAGCUGAGGCACUGACAACUCAAGUUACCACUAAUCAGUCUACCACGGAGCAAUCAACCACAGUGGAGCCUUUAACAACACAAUUUACCACUGCUGAGUCGACUUCAGAGCAACCAACUACAGCUGAGGCAUUGACAACUCAAAUUACCGCUAAUCAGUCUACCACGAAGCAAUCAACCACAGCUGAGCCCUUAACAACACAAUUUACCACUGCGGAGUUGACCUCUGAGCAACCAACUACAGCUGAGGCACUGACAACUCAAGUUACCACUAAUCAGUCUACCACGAAGCAAUUAACCACAGCUGAGCCUUUAACAACACAAUUUACCACUGCACUGACAACUCUUCUAACCACAAUUCAAUCAACCACGACGCAACCGACCACUGUUAUACCUUUAGCAACACUAUUAACCACUAAUCAGUCGACCACGAGGCAAGCGACCACAUCUGAGCCAAUGACAUCACCCUCGACAAUGUGUGAUAGAACGUGUGGCGGAGGAGCUGUACUAGACUUACCGAGUUGCACUUGUGAAUGUGAUACGAACGGAUUCUAUUAUAAUUACAGCAGCAGCAGCUGUGAAGAUAUAAACGAAUGCCUGAAUGGAACUGAUUUGUGUGAGCAUAAUUGUACCAAUACAGUGGGCGCAUACAACUGUUCCUGCAUGAGCAACUACCUCCUUAUGAAUGACGGUAGAAACUGUUUAUAUGACGCGUGUAACAUGGGGUCCAUCUGCAAUUCCGGCGGACUCCUUGACCAAGACACUUGCGACUGCUACUGUGCAUCUGGCUAUAGAGGCGACACUUGUGACGAGCAAUGUUUCGCGAAUGAUACAAGAUGCUGGACGGAAUACGAGGCCCCUCCACGAGUUAUUGAUGCAGAUUUCUGCCCAAGAUACUGCUUUGAAUGUGCUUGUGAUCCGUUUGAAGGCAAUUGUGAAAACAAUGGCACGUACUCCAAGGUUCCUGGUUAUGAGUUGCAGUACGGUAUGUGUCGAUGCUACUGCCCCUUCCCUUGGAGUGGACUUACAUGUGAAGAGUGUAACCUGUCUUGUUUAAACGGAGGAACUCUGGAUCCUGUGACGUGUAGCUGCACAUGCCCAGUUGGGUACAGACCACCAGAUUGCUCAGCACCUUGCAUUGACGUCUCUCGUUGGUGUAGCAACAAAGUGGCCAAUCUGUGUGAUCGCGUAUCCGUCAUCCGCAAAAACUGCCCAGUGAUGUGUGGAAGUUGUACACAGUCAGCUCCGUUGCAGGUGCCUCUGUAAUGCCGUCAAUGUGUACAUAAUUAUUUACGUAUCCAUUUUAACUCUAAAAGGGCCGGGUUAUUUUGACCAUCUCUCAGCCGGGGGGCGGAUUCAGCC